AUAACAUAUGCGCCCGGUUACCAUUUCUGAAAGUUGCACUUGGUUGGAGUUUGAAGUUUUUACACGUUGGCGAUUGACAUAAAAUGGUUUAAUGCUUUUAUUAAGAUAAAAUGUGGUCAUUUUUCUCAAGAGAUCCAGCAAGCAGCUUCCCUUAUGAGAUCGGGGAAAAAAUCGAAGGACUUGAAGAUAAGUCUGUAUGGAGUGUGCACCACGGGAAGAAAAAGGCGGAUGGACAUCCAGUGUCGAUAUUUGUCCUGGAUGCCAAGAACAGCUCCAGUGCGGCAAUCGAGCGAGGCAAGACAGCGCACAAGAGACUGAAGACCAUCAGGCACCCAAAUUUCCUGCAAUAUUUGGACGGCUUGGAGACGGACACUAUCAUAUACGCUGUGACGGAGCAGGUCAUUCCACUACAGACUUACCUGAAUGACUCCUCACCAAACGAGCAGGCCAUCUCGUGGGGUCUGCACCAAGUAGUGAAAGGGCUGAGCUUCCUGCACAACGACUGCAAACUCAAGCACAACAACGUCAACAUGAGCUCGGUGUUUGUCAGCAAGGCUGGCGAGUGGAAAGUAGGGGGCGUGGCUUACGUGGGCCCAGCUGAGGGGGAGGGGAGCGAGCCACCCAACAAAGGCAUGCAGGCCUUGGAGAAGUACAACCCCCCUGAGAUGUCGGAUGCACGGACUCGGAAGAAGACACACACAUGGUCAGCAGACAUGUGGGGCUUGGGUUGCCUAAUAUGGGAAAUCUUCAACGGUUCUCUGCCCAGGACAUCGUCUCUCAAAGCCUUGGGAAAGAUUCCCAAAUCUCUGGUUGCCAAUUACUGUGAGCUGGUGGGUGCCAAUCCCCUCUCCAGACCCAACCCCGCCAAGUUCAUCGACAGCUGCCGGGCGGACGGUGGAUUCCUCCAUAACAGCUUCGUAGACACUAACCUAUUCCUGGAGGAAAUACAGAUCAAGGAGCAACUUGAGAAGAACAAGUUCUUUGCCAGUCUGAGCACUACUAUUGAUGAAUUUCCCCAAGAGUUCUGUCGAUAUCGGAUACUUCCACUCCUCUUGGAGGCCUUCCAGUUUGGCGGGGCGGGCUCUGCCGUGCUGACCCCCCUCCUCAAGCUGGGUAAACUACUUGAACCUGAUGAGUACCAGAAGAAGAUUGUCCCUUGUGUGGUCAAAAUGUUUUCCUCUACGGACAGAGCAACCAGAGUCAAGCUACUGCAGCAGAUGGAGUAUUUUGUGGAGCAUCUACAACCACCGGUGGUGAACGACCAGAUAUUCCCACAUAUCUGUCAUGGCUUCAGCGAUACCAACCCAGUUAUUAGAGAGCACACAGUCAAGGCGAUGCUCUUGCUGGCCUCCAAACUGAAUGACAAGAACCUGAACGGGGAACUACUCAAGCACUUUGCCAAGACGCAGGCCAAGGAUGAGCAAGGAGGGAUUCGAACCAACACCACCAUCUGCCUGGGCAAGAUUGCCUGUUACCUCAACCCAGCGACGAGGCAGAAGGUUCUAUCCUCCGCCUUUGUGCGAGCCAUGAAGGAUCCUUUCCCACCUGCGCGCACGGCAGGCAUCAUGUCCAUGCUGGCGACCAAAAACUACUACUCCAUCCGCGACACGGCGUUCAAAGUGCUUCCUGUGCUCUGCACCCUGACCGUUGACCCGGACAAGGGGGUCCGGGACCAGACAUUCAAGGCCAUUGGUGUGUUCCUGCAGCGGCUCCAGACUGUUUCGGACAAUCCUGAGAAAGCUGCUGAGAUGGAGGCUGAAGUGAACGCGGCCGCCAGCACGGCUCAGGGUGCCAGCUCCAGUUGGACUGGCUGGGCCGUCACCUCCCUCACAUCAAGGUUCUACCGGCCGGGGGCCACGGCCAACCAGACGGGAGCUAAGGCUGGAGGUCCAUCCACCACAGCACCAACAGCUGCAGCACAAAAGCCUCCAGUGACAGCAGCAAAAGCAGCCGAUCCUGUCAAACCCCACGACACAAGGCAGGACGCGGAAGAAGCUGCCCGGGACUCGGCGUCCGACUACGAGGACACAGGGGGUGAGGGAGGGGGUGACGGAUGGGAUGAGAAUGAAGAGUGGGGGGACAUUGACAGUUUCUCGACGUCCUCCUCCAAAACUGCUGCCUCUCGAGAUUCUUACCAGGAUCCGUCCUCCACGAGAGCAGAGACCCAGGAACUUGGCUGGGACACGGGAAGCUGGGGCGACAGUGACGACGUUGCAGACCCACCACAGCGACCACCGGGAGCUAGUAAAAAGCACGGCCAGGCCAAACCAGGCCAAUCCAGGACGGGCGGCGGCAUGAAGCUGGCUGCCAAGAAGCAGACCAGUCCCUCGUUUGAUGAUUGGGGUGUGAUGGAGGACGAUGAAUGGGGGUCAAUCAACAGUUCCUCCUCAGUUUCCUCCAAGCCUGUUAGAACGUCCGCCAAUCCUAGGACAACGAAGAGCUCUCCGAAGAAAGACAAGUCACAUCUCAGAACUGAGCCCGCCGCGGGUGGGUGGGAUGACGGGGACUGGGGGACGAUGGACGGGGGAGGGGCGAAGAUGGAUGCGAAGGAGGAACAAGGCGGGGCCAUGGAGGGGUGGGGAGGAGCCACAGAGGAGUGGGGAGGGGAUGAUGACUGGGGUUCCUUGGAGGACUCUACGCCGGCUCCAGCAUCCAGAUUACAGGCUGAUAACAAACCCCAAGGGGCCAAGACCACGCCUGCUCCCCCAGGGUGGGGAGACAGUCUAGACUUUGCCAAGGACACCAGCCAUGCCCCAGCCAGUAGCUACAAUUGGGGAGAUGAACCAGACACUGGCGACUUCUUCAGCAGUGCCUUAAAAAAGCCUUCAACUCAGAAACCAAAGUCCACCGCAUCAGCCGCACAUUCCAAGAAGCCAGCGAUGGCGGCCAGGAAGGGCCAGGCGUCGUCACAGCCUGCGACUGUCUCAUCAGGCUGGGAGGGGGACGAUGGAUGGGGCGAGACUGGCGAUGACUGGGGGUCUUUUGGAAAUGACUCGGGCAUGAGUAAAGCAGAGGAAGCCAAGAGGAAACGAGAGGAGAAGAGGUUGCAACGGGAGAGAGAAAUGAAGGAGAAAAGAGCCGCCAAGAAACCGGGCAUGGGAGCCAUGAGACUAGGGGCCAAGAAGGAGUAGAAUGAACGUGCACAAAUCAUGUUAGGCAUUCGUUGUGAAGUAUAAAGUUCUUGGGGAGAAGGCGAACAAUGUGCAAUUUUCAGAGCAAAUUUCUUAUCAUGAACACAUCGACUUUUGUUUGGCACAAUCAAUUUAAUCUCUUUGCUCCAGACACAGUUUUUUAUAUUAUGUUCCCUUUAUAAAAGCAUAUAGGAUAAUUUGCAUUUAUCCAAAAAGUAGCCUACCAAAUUAUCAUCAAAAAGUUUACUUGGAUUAAAGAUCAUUUUGGAACUAAACACCCCCACCCCGUGAAAUUAUUCCGUCCGGCUUGUAGUUUAAGAAAUCCAGAAAUGUACGUAAUUUCCUAUGAUCAGUCAAUUGACGGGUGUAAUAUCCAACGAGCUGAAUCUUCAACAGCUUAAGUUUUGAACAGUCUUUGGAUUUUGAGUGGUGGCAUUUUUGGAAAUGAACAAAAUGCAUGAAAAGCAAAUGAUCUUAUAUGCCUUUAAGCCAACUUGUCCCUCCCUUUUAAGCGCAGCCCAGCUGCCUCAAAGAUAGAGAGGGCACUAUUGACAUAUUGAAUCAAAUCCACUCUUAGGAAUUUAGGCGCCGAGACCCGAGACACUGCAUUCCUUUCAGGCUACAUGUACAUUUGAGGUGAGGUAUGGCCAGAAUUUCUCAGAUUCAAGUCUUUCAAAACUCUGAAUAAGCCAACAUUGCUGCCACCACAAAAAACCCACCACUCCCUUCCCCUAACCCUCCUCCCCCCUCCCUCAAUCCCAGUAGUCAAUCCCCUCUGUUCUCACCCCAUGUAUUGCUAGCAUUCUGCCAUUAUUGAAGUACAAAAGGAGUGCACUGCAUUGACAACAAAUGUUACAGAAAUCAGCGACUUUAAAACAAAUUUAAUAUUAGGUUUAAAUUAAAUAAAUAAGGGGGUUUGUGGUUAGAAUUUUCUCUGCGAAAUGUGUUUCCAACUGGUCAGCAUGAAAGUUUUCUUAGAGUCCAUGUUUUUUUUAAUAUCGUUGUCGUAAAGCCGCCUUUUCAUAUGUGCGUUUUUAGUCCGUUUGUGUGUCCGUUGCGUAUUCGGGCCUAUAGGUAAUAAUGGGCAUAAAUACGCAACGGACAAAAAAUGGACUAAAACGCGCAUAUGGAAAGGCGGCUUAAUCCUGCAAGUAAGUUAACAGGCCCGCUUGGCAACACACAUCACUUGUAACAUUUAUACGUGCUUUAAUUUGUAUCUUUUUUUGUAUCAAGUCACUUGAUUGAUUUUGACUGCUGGGAUAGCUGUGUUGAAUUUGACAGCCAGACAGGGGAAGGGCUAAUGCAGAAAGACUUUUCACUGGACGUCUUUUCAUGCAUGUGGCCUACUCGAUGCAGAUUUAGCCAAUUAUUGGCACGACGGGGUAAUCCCAUUUCAAAGUUAUGGGCCAAGGCGAGACUUCAGCAAGACAGUCAGUUAGUUUGUGAGACAGUCAGAUACACAGACGACAUAAAAGGCUCGAACUAGCAAAACAAAAUAAUAGAAAUUGAUGUGUACGCCUGAAAAUUAUCCAUAUUUUGGGAAGCUGCUCCCUGUGCUAUUUUACAGAAUCAAAAUGAGAUUAUUCAUUUUAAUUAUUAUUUCUUUUAUUACUAAUGAUUGUUUAUUUCAAUUCUUUGUGUUUAGCGAGCUGAAAUAUCAGCCGAUGUAUCUACUCAAAUGACAGUGCAUUUUUAAUUGUGUCAAUUAAGACAUUAAUUUACUUGGCAAAUAGUUUUCAAGUUUGAAUUAAAUCAGUUGUACAUCUCAUUUUUAGGUAGUUUCUUUAAAAGCUUUUAAAACAAAAAUUCAUUCUAAAUGGAAAAAAAAAUGAAUGAAACUACAUGUAUCAACACUUAAGCAGUUUACCGCAUGUCAAUGUAAAGGUCUUGUUUUAAAGGGACACUGCGUCUUGGAAUACGCCCAAUUGGACAACAAAACACGUUUUGAACGAACUGUUAAUCGGAAAGAACAUUUAAAAGUAGGAUAUAAACAUCCACACAACUAUCCUAUAAGCUAUAAACUUGGCGCUUUUGUAGUAUUCUUGUGUUAUUCGUGCGAGAACAACUGUUGGGGUCCACUUUUGCGACCCAAAAAAGUCGGGCUGUCGUGCUAGUUGUGAUUCCAGCCGUAAGGGUUCACCUUUUGCAGACGUGUAAAAAAUCACAUUUUGUGCAUUUGUGAUUGGUCACCGCAGUUAGUGAGCACGGUGCUGUGUACGUAUGUAAUACUAGACACACACAACAUGUAUCGUACAUUGUAUGAAAAUGACAGGAAACACGUAUCAUACGCCGUCGUGUCCGAUGUAAACAAUCAGGUUUUUUUCCGUCUUUUCUCGGGAACGGGUAGGUUUGUUUCCUUUCAACCAGAUAAUUGAAAUAGGAUAAGUAAACAAUCCAAAACAUGAAAUUUUCGUUGAUUUCAGGACGCAGUGCCCCUUUAAUGAAUAUGCUUCUAACGAACUUUCAUUUUGAAAGUUUCCGACGUCAGUUGCAUUUUACAAAAAAGUAACAUGUAUCUGAAAGUAAAAAAGCAGACACACAAACAAAGACCGAAUGUUUCUGUGCAUGGAAACAAGCAUACAAAUCAUGAAAGGCUUUUUUCAUGCAAUAAUAAUAAUAAUAAUAAUAAUAAUAAUAUGCUUAUACAGUAUAGCGCUUUAUACCAACGGUCUCAAAGUGCUUUACAAUUAUUGUAACCAAGUUGUAAUUAUUUCACAAAAUUUAAUAUUUAUAACUGAACAGGAAUGAAAAUGAAAAGUACUCACUAGAAAUAGUUCUUUUAUUAAAAUAAGUUAACACUAAACUUGUUUUCGAUGUACAUGAAUUGUAAAACAGGCAAUGUACAGUAAUCCAUUUAUUUUUAACUCGAAGGUCUUCAAUAAAAUAUGAGUCUUGAUAUGAUG